GGAGGGUUAAAGCAAGAGAUUUCUCACUUGUUUUCCACUUGCUCAGAAAGAAAGCAGCUUUUUGUUUGUGUUGGAUUUUACGGCCUAAUUUAGAAUAUCAAAGACUUCAAAACUGUGCAGGUGGCAGGAUGUGGGUACAAGACGAGGACAGUACAGCAGCAGGGUCUGACGGAGAGAGUGGUUUAUCUUCCGAAGAUGAGGGAGACAUUCAGUGUGAAAUCCUGGAGAUGCAGAGAGACGAAGCCAAUCAGAGGCUGACUGAGCUGGAGGAAGCGUCCAAUCACCUCCUGAAGGAGAUGAAUUUACUGGAGAUCCAGUUCCAGAUUGAACGCUCCUGUAGGGAGAGCGCUGAAGCGCUGGCUGUCCAAGUGACCAAAGAGAACAAAGUCCUGAAGAGGAAGAGCCAGAUGCUGAUGCCGCUCAUCCCCGAGCUGCCUGAAAACUUUCCCGCGGUGACCUUUGACCCGGAGGCGGACCUCACCGUUAACUGCGACGGGGACGGCGAUGAGGACACGCUGCUGCUGCUGGAGAGUCAAGCUAAGAUCGCAGAGCUGCAGACGUCAGUGGACGGUCUGCUGGCUGAGAAGCUGCAGCUGGAGCAACAGGUGGAAGAUCUGACCAAAGAGCAGGCCCAGCUCAGAGAGCAGCUGGUUCUGGAGGUCGAGGAGAAAGAGGUCAUACUGAGGAAACUGAGCAAACAGAACAAGACCAUGAAUAAAAUCAAACGAGUCUCCCAGCUUGUCACAGACGAGUUCACGGAGAUGUCUCAGAAGCUGGAGCUGGAACAAGGCCUCCGGCAGCACGCUGAAGUCUUUGCCCACCAGAUGAUGGUGCAGCAGAAGGCGGCGUGCAGACGGAGCGCAGAGAUGCAGAGCUCGGAGAUGGCCGCGCAGCUGCAGCAGGCGAUGGAGCAGAUCUCCACCCUCACCGCGGCCUUGUGUGAUAUACAACGCUAUUAUCAGGAGCAGGUAAAACAGAGUCAGGACCAUAGCGGCGACCUCUCCGAGCUGCAGAACCUGAAAGAACAGCUGGAGAAGAGCGAGGAGGAGAGGAAGGCCUUAGAAAGUCAGCUGUCUCAGACUAACGCUACGGUCACGCAGUUCCAGGAGAAAGUCAGACAGUUAGAAGACUCAGUGAACAAGAAGGAUGAAAAAGAUGAACCAGCAGAGCAGAAAUCUACUCCACCUCCACCUCCACCUCCAUCACCUCCUCCACCACCUCCACCUCCUCCUCCUCCACCUCCUCCUCCUCCAUCUACUGCUACUGUCACACAUCCACUUGAUUUCCUAAGAAGCAAGAAGAAAGGCCGAGCCGCUGAAGACAACGCCACUCAAAGCGCGCCGCUGUCGAACAUGAAGACGACGGCGGUGGACGAAAUGAUAGAGAGGAUAAAGAAAGGCAUCGUCCUGAGGCCCAUCACGAGAAUCAUGCAGGACGACGACAGCUCGUGGAAGGACCAGAGGAGUGAAAACAGAAAGUCAGCCAUCCUGGAGUUGAAAGGAAUGCUGGACAACAUCAAACGCCAGCCCCACCGCAGAGUCCCGUCCAGGAGGGGAAUUGGCCGAAAUGUCGGGGAAGCAGAGCUCCUGCAGGUUCUCCAGAGGAGGAGGAGGGCGAUGGGAGAGAACCGAGAGCAAACGCAGGACCCCCACCAAGGUGCGGAGUGUGUCCCAGCAGCAGGUGAUGCUCCCUGGGCAAGCGAGAGCGGCAGCGCCCCUGUGCUCCGGAGGCUGAGGCAGAACAGGGAGAAGAGAGACUCUCGCAUCAGAGCGUCGGCACUGAUCUUCAGCCAGAACAACUAAAAAGAAGAACGUUUACACUUUUCAUACAUCAUACGUCACUUCAUUUUGCAUCUUAUGUGUCGAAGUCAUGCGUAAAUAUGUUGCUUUUGUGAUCCCUUGCAAUAAAAUGACAGCUGAUCUAUAGAAAAA